CGCGCUCACAAAAUGGCGCCCUCUGCGCGCUGCCCCACGCGGACCCGUCAGCGCGUGCCUCUCGCGCGCCCCUCCCAACGGCCGCUCCGCCCAACGGCCGCCCCCGUCCCACCCCGUAGAGCGGCCGGCUCUGGCACGAAGCGGCUCGGUGCUGCCCCCAGCCGCGGCCGGGUCCGCGGCCCCUCCUCGCCGGUCGGGAAGAUGGCGCUGCGCGGCCAGAAUCUGGCAAAACUAGAGGUCCUAAGUAAGCACCUGUAUGAAGGAGCUGAUCUUGCAUAGCAAAUGCAAGCUGAGAAGAUGGUCUUGGAGCUUAUUAACAGCCCAGAUGGUCUUAGCCAGUGCCAGCUUUUAUUAGAACAAGGAACACAAACUCAACAUAAAGUAGUGCUCCUAUACACUUUCUGGAUUCCUGGUCUGGCCACAUCCAGCCUGGCCUUGAAUGCCUCCAGGGAUGGGAUAAAACUUGCAGCAAACUACCUUCUGAACUGUGUAGCUUCUCAACCCAAACUGGCUCCUUUUGUCACACAAGCUCUCGUUCAAGUCAUUGCUAAAAUUACCGAAUAAGGAUGGUUCAACGUACUGAAAAUCCAGCUUGUCUUCAGAGACAUCAUUGGUGAUGUAAAACAAUUUUUGCAGGGCACUGUGGACCACUGGAUAAUAGGAGUAAUGAUUCUGUCAGAACUGGCUUAGGAAAUGAAUCUAUUUGGUUGUUCAAGACCUUGAGCAGAGCAUUGUAAAAUAACAACCUCAUUCUGUGGCACGUCUUUAAAGGACAUACUGAUGCUUACGUGCUCUUUUCGUCACCUGACAAGGUGUUUUUUCUCCGUGGCUUUUGGCAAAACCUUUAAGCUUUCAGGAUCAAUGGCAAAAAGUCUAGCAGUGCAUCUUUUGAAGCUUGUACUGAAUUGUCUUAAUUUUGAUUUCAUUGGAAAUUCAACUGAUGAAUCUGCAGAUGACCUAUGCACUGUGCAGAUUCCAGCGAGCUGGAGAACAAUCUUCCUGGAGCCAGGGACCUUGGACCUGUUUUUUGAUUUGCAUCAUUCCCUUCCACCAAUGUUGUCUCAGUUAGCACUUUCCUGCUUAGUUCAGUUUGCUUCUACAAGACCUUUAUUCAGCAAUCAAGAACGUGCCAGGCAUCUUGGUAAUCUCAGCAAAGGAGCGAAACAAAUACUUGAAAAUCCACAGGGUUUAUCUGAUCCCGGUAAUUACCGUGAAUUCUGUCGGUUUUUGGCUCGGCUGAAGACCAACUAUCAACUAGGAGAGUUAGUGGUAGUGAGAGAUUACCCAGAAGUUAUCCAGCUCAUAAAUUUUACUAUUACUGGCCUACAGCACUGGGAGUUUGCUCCAAAUAGCAUUCAUUAUUUGCUAACUCUGUGGCAAAGUAUGGCAGCAUCUGUACCUUCUGUGAAAACAGCAGGACCCCACCUCUUAGGUACGUAUGCACCUGAGAUAACAAAAGUUUAUAUUACUUCCAGACUGGAGUGUGUUCCUGUAGUAGUAGGAGAUGGCCUUGAAGAUCCACUGCAUGAUACAGCUACAGUUUUCCAACAACUAGAGCAGCUAUGCGCAGUUAGCAGGUGUGAAUAUGAAAAGACCUGUACACUUCUUGGACAGUUGUUUGACCAAAAUGCACAGAACUACCAAGAACUAUUGCACUCUUCUAGUAGGAAUCCAUUAGAAAUCACAGUCCAGGAAGGACAUCUGGCCUGGUUCGUCUACUUUGUGUGUACUUUUGUGGGGGGAGGAUUAACGUGCAGUAGCACUGAUGAACACAAUGCAGUGGAUGGAGAAUUAUCCUGUCAGGUGUUUCAGCUGAUGUCUUUGAUGGAUGCCAUGUUACCAGUGUCUAGUAAUGAGAAAGUAGAACUGCCAAUUCUGUGGUUUUUGGAUCAGUUUUGCAAAAUGCGUGUUGGGGUCCAGCUUCAGCACACCUCAAAGGUGUAUGCCCGCAUUUCAGAAGUCUUAGGAAUAACAGAUGGCAACUGUGUUCUGGAAAUAGUUAUGACAAAAAUUGUUCCAAACCUUAAAUACUGGGGAAGAUGUGAGACUGUGAUUUUAAGAACUCUUCAGUUUCUAAAUGACCUUUCUGUUGGAUACAGUCUCUUAAGAAGACUUGUGAAAAUAGACACUGUGAAAUUCCUGCUUCGGAAUCACACAGUGAUGCAUUUCCCUUUCUUGGGCAUCAGUGAUAAUUAUGACCUUAGGUGCCAGACAGUUUUCUUCACUGCCCUCACUCAUCUUCUCAUGAUCAAUUUAGGUGAGGAUGAGAAUGAGUUUAAGAAUUUCAUGCUGCCCCUCACAGUUUCAUUUGAGAGUGUGACUCAGAUGCUCAACAGUAGUUCAGAACAAGAAGAGGCAAAGCGUAUGUUGAUCGGGCUGGCAAGAGAUCUUCGAGGGAUUGCCUUUGCACUAAACACAAAGACCAGCUACACCAUGCUGCUUGACUGGAUAUACCCUGCAUACGUUUCUGUUCUGCAAAGAGCUAUUGAACUGUGGUACCAGGAACCUGUGUGUACAACCCCUGUAUUGAAGCUGUAUUGAAUGCAAAACAGGUCGCAAUGUUUAAGUUUUGGUGGAUCAUCUCCAAACAGAAUUUUUCUCUUCAGGGAAGCUAGUAAAAUGAUCUGUACAUACAGUAAUCAGAUCCUCUCUCUUGGGGCUUUGUCAGAAGAUCAGGUUUAUCCGCUGAAACUCAAGGGCAUUUCCAUCUGUUACUCUGCGCUCAAAUCUGCCUUAUGUGGAAAUUAUAUCUGCUUUGGCAUCUUCAGGUUGUACGGGGACAACCACUUUGACAAUGUACUUCAGGCCUUUGUCAGAAUGCUGCUUUCAGUAUCCCACAGUGACUUGCUACAAUAUCGAAAACUAAGCCAAUCUUAUUACCAACUUUUGGAAUGCCUGACCCAAAAUCAUAUGGAUUUCAUUACCAGCUUAGAGCCUCAUGUCCUGAUCUAUAUCCUUACCUCAAUAUCUGGAGGACUGCCUGCUGUAGAUACAAUCAUCUCUCCCAGCUGUUGUGCCAGUUGAGACUACAUUGUCACAUACCUCCUCAAGCACAUAGUUAAAGAGAGCAAGAAGGCUCUGAGACAUAGAGAAACUUCACAGGAUGGACAAAGAUGGUUUAAUUUCAUGCAGCAUAACCUGGAAGUGCUAUAGCAGAUGAUGUCAAUGCUAAUGAACACCAUCAUCGUUGAAGACUGCAGGAACCCAUGGUCUGUGUCAAGACCACUGCUUAGACUUACACUUCUCAAUGAGAGGUGCUUCAGUGAGCUGAGGGCAACUUUGAUAAACGGCCAGGCUGGCAGCAAACGGCGAGUCCUUAACCAGUGCUUCAGGAACCUUACGGAAGGAGUCGAGCAGAACCUUUUGGUGGAGAGCAGAGACAGGUUCACCCAGAAUGUGUCCGUGUUCCAAAGGGCCAUGGCGCUGCACAGCGAAGGGGUGGCCGAUGCGGGCAGCCUGGGCAUGAAGAGCUGACAAGGACUGGGGAAAGCAGAGCUGGCUAAUAGGACUGUUCUGAAAGCUUUGGAGCCCCAUUAUAUUGUUGGAUUUUGACCCUUGCAGAAACUGGUUUUUUUUAGAUAACUUCUGCCUUUUUAUAUCUCCUGGCAUAAACGUUAAGGGUUUGCAAUAGUGAAAGCAAAGUCAACAUUUUCAGCCUUUCUUAGCAAAAUUUACUCUCUUGAUCUUUUAUGUUUAUGAAAUGGUGUAGAAACAGUACUUAUCCAAAGAGUGAAAUAAAUACGCAUUCCUUCUGUA